UUGGAGUCUUCCCGAAGGAGCUUAAACCUGCGCUUCGAGCUGGUUCCGCGGCUACCUUGCUUGGCAGAAUGAAUGUGAUAGACCACUUGCGAGACAUGGCGGCAGCGGGGCUGCACUCCAACGUGCGGCUCCUCAGCAGCUUGUUACUUACAAUGAGUAAUAACAACCCUGAGUUAUUCUCCCCAUCUCAGAAGUACCAGCUUUUGGUGUAUCAUGCAGAUUCUCUCUUCCACGAUAAGGAAUAUCGGAAUGCUGUGAGUAAGUAUACUAUGGCUUUACAGCAGAAGAAAGCCUUAAGUAAAACUUCAAAAGUGAGACCUUCAACUGGAAAUUCUGCAUCCACUCCACAAAGUCAGUGUCUUCCAUCUGAAAUUGAAGUGAAGUACAAAAUGGCUGAAUGUUAUACAAUGCUAAAACAAGAUAAAGAUGCCAUUGCUAUUCUCGAUGGGAUCCCUUCAAGACAAAGAACUCCCAAAAUAAACAUGAUGCUGGCAAACCUGUACAAGAAGGCUGGUCAGGAGCGACCUUCAGUCACCAGCUAUAAGGAAGUGCUGAGGCAGUGCCCAUUAGCCCUUGAUGCCAUUCUAGGUUUGCUGUCCCUUUCUGUAAAAGGUGCAGAGGUGGCAUCAAUGACGAUGAAUGUGAUCCAGACCUUGCCUAACUUAGAUUGGCUUUCUGUGUGGAUCAAAGCGUAUGCUUUUGUGCACAUUGGUGACAACUCGAGAGCAAUCAAUACCAUCUGUUCACUAGAGAAAAAGUCCUUAUUGAGAGAUAACGUGGACCUACUGGGAAGCUUAGCAGAUCUGUACUUCAGAGCUGGAGACAAUAAAAACUCUGUCCUCAAGUUUGAACAGGCACAGAUGUUGGAUCCUUAUCUGAUAAAAGGAAUGGAUGUAUAUGGCUACCUCCUGGCACGAGAAGGGCGGCUGGAGGAUGUGGAGAACCUUGGCUGCCGCCUUUUCAAUAUUUCUGAUCAACAUGCAGAACCCUGGGUGGUCUCUGGGUGUCAUAGCUUCUAUAGCAAACGCUACUCCCGAGCCCUCUAUUUAGGAGCCAAGGCCAUUCAGCUGAACAGUAAUAGUGUUCAAGCUUUGCUACUUAAGGGAGCAGCACUUAGAAACAUGGGCAGAGUCCAAGAAGCAAUAAUCCACUUUCGGGAGGCUAUACGUCUUGCACCUUGUCGCUUAGAUUGUUAUGAAGGUCUCAUCGAAUGUUACUUAGCCUCCAACAGUAUUCGUGAAGCAAUGGUAAUGGCUAACAAUGUUUACAAAACUCUAGGAGCAAACGCACAGACCCUUACCCUUUUAGCCACCGUUUGUCUUGAAGACCCAGUGACACAGGAGAAAGCCAAAACUUUAUUAGAUAAAGCCCUGACUCAAAGGCCGGACUACAUUAAGGCUGUGGUGAAAAAAGCGGAACUGCUUAGCAGAGAACAGAAAUAUGAAGAUGGAAUUGCUUUGCUGCGGAACGCACUAGCUAAUCAGAGUGACUGUGUCCUGCAUCGGAUCCUAGGAGAUUUCCUUGUAGCUGUCAAUGAGUAUCAGGAAGCAAUGGACCAGUAUAGUAUAGCACUAAGUUUGGACCCCAAUGACCAGAAGUCUCUAGAGGGGAUGCAGAAGAUGGAGAAGGAGGAGAGUCCCACGGAUGCCACUCAGGAGGAGGAUGUGGACGACAUGGAAGGGAGUGGGGAAGAAGGGGACCUGGAGGGCAGCGACAGUGAGGCGGCCCAGUGGGCUGACCAGGAGCAGUGGUUCGGCAUGCAGUGAGGCAGGCACAGCUCCGUGGCCACACUGGCCUGCCCCGCUCUGAGCACUUCCAUGGACUGAAGGAACCCGUAGGAGCCCGAUCUCUGGGAGGACAAUGAUUCAGCAUGUGAUUGCAGCAGGGUCUCUGCCCCUUGCUCCCUAUUUCUAGUAGUGACUUCAUUUUUAAAACCUGAGCCCGACCAACCUUCCAUAUAUCUCCAUCCUCCUCUGCUCCAGUCAGGGAGGACCGAGUGAGCGCUCAGAGGCCCGUGGACGUGUCGGGGCUUCUGGGACAGAGUGCUUUUUAUAGAACCAACUUCUAAAUCUGAAAGCUCGAGGAAUAGACAGUGUUUUGUCUGUGAUGUUGUGGAUGGGUUUAAAGGAGCGACCUGUUCCCCAGAGCAAGAGUGUCAUCUCCCAGCAGCAGCGUGGACUGGCCCUUUCAGAGAGGGUUUCCUGUCCCAGAAAUCAUUAUCCUGGGUUGUCCAAACUUCCCUAGUAACCUUGCUUCCUUCUGCAAUGUUAGUAAUGCCUUAAGCUGACAGUUGUUGUUUUGCAGAACAGUUUUCCUAUUUGCUAAUCUGGUAACUUGCCUAUGAGCCUGGGCCGAAUCUGAGAAACAAGUGUGACCUAGAGCAUGAACAGAGGCGCAGUUGAGGUAAUUAAUAAAACUGUUUUUUGUACAGUAAUGGUGUUGGGUUGGUCAGAAUGGAAGCCCUUUAUAGAUUCUUUUUUUGGUCUCUUAUUUACAGUGCGUUGAUUCAGCUCUAGAAUUAUUUGCCAUAAACAGACUCCCUUUUUCCCAAAGUGCUGGGAGCUGGGAGGAUUGGGAACCUCAGGUAAUAAUACUGAGCUGGUUCAUCCAUUCCCAUUUUUGAUCGGUAAAUUCCUGGGGAGAGUCUUUGGCCAGAUUUUAGAUUGAUUCUGCCUGUCUCUGUCGGGCUCUGAGGUCGGUGUCUGGUUUCAGCAUUCUAUUGUGGGGUCAGCAGGGGGCUCAUUCCCUGGGCUCGGGUGCUGGGAGACUACCCACCCUCUCCCCCUUGUUUAAUAUGUGAUGCUUUUGGAGGUGAAGGUAGUGGGGGGCGUCACAGCUAACCCCAAAUUCUCAUUAAAAUAAAAUUAAU